AUGGAACAGUUUGAGGAAGCAGUGGAAUUGCAAACUUUCUUGCAGGAGAUGUCCGCGGUUGCAUGGGAGAUCCUCAAGCAACACAUUGGUCCUGACAGUCGUCUCAGAAAAAAAAAAGACGGGCAGAUUCCGCAGUUGAAAAUUAAUGUCGACGAGGAGAAUGUAAAACAAUCGGAUGUGUGGCUCCGCACGUGGUUCCGUAUUUUGGCUGUCUACGACACCGAAGUAGAUAACAAACUUCUCAAGUUGAAUAAGGAAACUAUUUCAAAAAAGAUGCAUGAGAUAUUGGCGGACGUACAGAAUCGAAAGUGUGAUCGAGGACCAUCGAAAUGCCUGAAGAAUGCAUUUACGACGUCGUAUGCUGAUGAUAAAUUCCUGCAAUAUCUGAUGCGAUGUUGCAAGGCAUACUUUACCGCUCCAUCGGCGUACGCAGCUCAGUACGUGGCAAUCGUGCUGAGCUCGGGUUUCGGGAAGAGUCGAAUCGUGUACCAAGUGGCACAGAUGCUAGCUGGGCCCAGUGCAGGCCUACCGGAAAGUGACGCCAUUGAUGCCCAACUUCUGAAUGUAUGCGCGCGUACUAACAACCCGUCUGCUUUCCCGGUCGCAACUCCUGCACUUACCAACUUCUUUUUCAGACAUGACAAUAUUCAGUCCCGAUUGGAUCUAGCACUAGAGUACGCGAGUACAAAUUGGGAGCAGGCAAAGACGGAUUGGCUCGAAGUAUUUGGUACUACAGAAGGUUCAAACACUGGCGGUGAACAGGAGUUGGAGGCGGUCAAUGAAGACCACAGACGUACCAAAACUAGGAAACGGAGCCUACCGUCGAGUAAAAUUACCGGCAAAACCUAUCUUUUGAUGAAAGGCUGGUUUCGGCUUUAG